AUGCCACCUCCACUCCUCCAUCACUCUCUUGUCCUAUCUCCGUCCACUCCGAUAACCACCUCGGACCGAACACCACCCCUCUCGCCACCCUCCUCCUACUCCUCCACUCACUCCUCUGCCCCCUCCUCCGCUCCCUCCUCACAACACCUCCACCCUUCCAUCGUCCUCCUACUCUUCUCCCGUCUGCUCCGAUACCCACCUUCGGAUCUGACUCCUCUCCUCUCUUCCUUCCCCUCUCUUCCUUCCCCUCUCUUCCUUCCCCUCUCUUCCUUCCCCUCUCUUCCUUCCCCUCUCUUCCUUCCCCUCUCUUCCUUCCCCUCUCUUCCUUCCCUCUCUUCCUUCCCCUCUCUUCCUUCCCCUCUCUUCCUUCCCCUCUCUUCCUUCCCCUCUCUUCCUUCCCCUCUCUUCCUUCCCCUCUCUUCCUUCCCCUCUCUUCCUUCCCCUCUCUUCCUUCCCCUCUCUUCCUUCCCCUCUCUUCCUUCCCCUCUCUUCCUUCCCCUCUCUUCCUUCCCCUCUCUUCCUUCCCCUCUCUUCCUUCCCCUCUCUUCCUUCCCCUCUCUUCCUUCCCCUCUCUUCCUUCCCCUCUCUUCCUUCCCCUCUCUUCCUUCCCCUCUCUUCCCUCUAGUCCUCUUCCACCGACCUCCCACCAAGUUAUGA